UUUCAGCUGCAGCAAGCGAAGAAGAAGUAAAGUAUCUACUUACCACAAGAUGUCAGGUCGUGGUAAAGGCGGCAAAGGGCUCGGUAAAGGUGGUGCAAAACGUCAUCGCAAAAUCCUUCGAGAUAACAUUCAAGGUAUUACCAAACCAGCUAUUCGUCGUCUAGCUCGCCGCGGUGGUGUCAAACGAAUAUCUGGAUUGAUUUACGAAGAAACGCGUGGUGUUCUGAAAGUCUUCCUUGAGAAUGUAAUCCGCGAUGCCGUCACAUACACAGAGCACGCUAAACGAAAGACCGUCACCGCCAUGGACGUUGUGUACGCCUUGAAACGUCAAGGUAGAACUCUCUACGGAUUUGGUGGCUAAACUAGAAAAGUCCAUGAAGGGAUUUAAAUUGAAAACCGGCUCUUUUAAGAGCCAACAAAUCUGCUAAAGAAUAUUUCGCCAACAGCAUCGUUCAUAACGUUUCUUUUGUCUAAAUAAGUUGGGUCAAAUAUAGUACGCAUAGAAAAUUUACUGAUAAAUGUACUAAAAUUUAACUGUAAUUCAAGUAUAGCUCCGUAAACUUGUGUCAUGGAAACGAA